AUGGAUCCAUUAAUGGAAACAUCACAAUUACCACUGGUUGUUUUUGGACCAGGCCAUAUUGAUACAAGUCGAGCUGAAAUGUUGGUACAAUGUUUAAGUAAUAAAAUCAAAGAAAAACGGUUUAAACUUCAAAAAUUGGUUGGAAUUAAUGAAGACAAGAAAAAACAUAAUGAAUUGAUGGUAAAGGAAAAAAUACAAUUAACAACAAAAUUGGCUAAUAUUGAACAUGAAAAUUCUGCUCGUGAACAACAACUUUUAACAGAGCAACUUCGAAUAAAAGAAAUUCAAUUUAAUAUACAAAUGCUCGACGAUCAUAAUAAUUCAAUCAAACGUGAUUGCAUUAAUGAAGAACGAAAGUACGACCAAGAAAAAUCAUUACUUAUUAAUAAAUUUGAACAUAUUAAACAACAAUGGACUGAAAUUUUCAAACCACAAUAUGAACAAUCGAAAGUGUAUCAAUAUUUAAAACAAGGUGAUCUAGCUUACAAUUCACUUGUUGAACGACAAGAAUUCUUGCGUAGUACACAAAACUUAGCAUACAAACAUUAUUCAAUACGUCGUCAGGAAUUUUGCAAUGAAAAAAAAUUUCAAUCAUCAAUUUUGUCUAUUGCUAAAUGUUUUAUUUCUCGACGUGAUCAAUUUAUUCAAAUUGAAAAAAUGAAAGAAAAACUAUUAGAACUUGAAAGUAAACAAAAACAAUUAAUCGAAAGUAAAAUCGAUAAAAUGAAAGCAUGGGAAAGUGUUUAUACACAACCACUCAAACGUGAUCUGUUGAAUUUUUGUUUACAAACUAAUAUUGAUCAAGCUUUAACUUUUUCAUUUAAUCAAAUACAAGAAGAUUUUUGGUCACAAGCAAUGACACCAGUGAUUGCAUCAAUUCUAACACCACAAAAUGAACAAAUUGAAUUAGUACCAAUAGAACAAACGAAUAAUAAGUCAUCUGCCACAACUGAAUCAACAAUACCGACUAUUAUUAUUGAUGAGACUAUACCUGAAGUUGUUAAACCAUCGCCACAUCAAAAACUUGCCUCUACAAUUGUAGUUGCUGCAAGCACAACCGAAAAUACAUCGAUUCAUUCAAAUCGUACAUCAGUACUUCAUCUUUCAACGGCUAUCGAUGAUGACGACGACGAAGAAUUCUUUUUAACAGCACAUCGAAAAACACCCAUUCCUCAAAUGGAAAAAAUGUCCAUAAAGGGUUGUCCACCAAGCACACAAGCAUUUACAGUGUCAGCAGCUACAACGAACCCGAGUAUAGAUGUCAAUGAAGAAGUUUCAUUUAUAUCGUCAAGUGAUCAACAAUUGACCCAAACAUUUGCUUUGGUUUCAACACCAACACAAGUAGAGUCAAUUACAGUACGUGAUAUUGUUACUCCUAUAACAGAUAAUCAAGUUUCUGAAUCAAUAUCGAUGUUAUCGAGUGAUACUAUUGUUAAUAAAUUACAUUCUACAGUCACAUUUCAACUUCCACCUUUCAUAAUUCAAAAUCGACUAGCAUCAUCAGUGACAUCAUCUAUUCAACCUCAAGUGACAAGUAGUGAUGUACAACAAAUGCUAUUAACAUUUUCACCAGAACCAUCAUCAAUCAAUGAAGACCAAUUACAACCCAUGGAAGAUGAUGCUGAACGAUUACAACAGCAACGACCUACAUUUACCAUGCCUUCGUCUAUUGAGUCUAUUACGAGUACUGAAAAUGGAUAUACGAAUUUUAACUAUAAUUUUGGUUUUGAUGAUGAUAAUAAAGCUGGUGAUGUCACUGCUGUUAAUGAUGGAAAUUUUACAUCACCAAUCAAUUUUAGUAAUUGGAGUAAUCUUGGUUCACCACUGACAAUGGAUUCUGCUGAUCAAUUUCCUGUAUUUAUGCAACAUCAAAAUAUUAGUAAUAAUGGUGUGGAUACUUCAUUUUCCUUCGCUUCAUUUAAUUUUGGUGGUGUUGCUGAUGAUGGUGGUGAAACAUCGACAAACAGUGCAUUCAGCUCAUUCUUUUUUGGCAAUGACGGAAGCCCCAUGAAUACAGAACUAGGUCAAGAGAAAAAGAAUAAUUAA